CAGCGGUGGAGAGUGUCGGAGCAGCGAUGGAGCUCGUGCAGAAUUCGUCCUCAGACUCCAGUGAACAGCCACAGCAGAUAUGAAAAGUAGGAUCCGAAAUCUGAGCUGGAGAUGGACGAGAUCCAACUGAAUGAGAUACGAGAGGGGACAGGAUGUCCUGAUGUGGAGGAACUGAAACCCCCUCCCCUCUGUCCAGGCAGGAGUGAUGGAUCUGUUUCCAUGGAGACCAGGGAGGAGGAGGAGCGGAGGUGGCGGCGACGGUACCCAGAAAUAAAGAAGUGUGUGAUCCUGAUCAAAAAGCUGUUGAAAGGGGAAAAGGAUAAAAUGGGGUCGAGGUCAGGUGACCCAGAGGUGGCCUACGAUUGGAUAGAGCCGCUGAGGCCGAAGGUCAUUCGCCGCAGUCGAGUUCGGAGGUUUGUCAAGAGGAUGGAGUUCAGCGUCAACGUCUGCAACGGGAAACCACGCGGCAGAGGGAGGGGGCGGGGCCUGCUGCGGCUGAGAUGCUGUACGGGUGAGGAUGGCGUGCACAUCGGCCCCCGCCAGCGGGCGAAGGGUCAGGUGACCACGAAAAAACACAAGAACAGCAUCAACCUAUCAGAGACAGAACACAACUACAGCAACCAAUCACAUGACGGCAGAACUUCAACGACCUGUGGACAGAAUGAUGGAAAAUCAACAAAGAAGAAACCACCCAAAAUUGUUUUCACAAAGGUUGCAGAAAAGAAGUGGGUGCUGGGGAGGUCAAAGGUCAAACAACAACCUGAGGAGGAGGAGGUUGUUGGAGGCAGUGGUAUCACAACUGAAAAUGUGAGAAGAGUUAUUGUUUUGUGGAGUUUAAGAAAGAACUGUGGGAAGUGUCCUUUCUGUCUGGAUAAGAAGGAGUUUGGGGGGGCGGCGCGGCAGAAGCAGCGCUGCAUCAACAGGAGGUGUCUGGAGAGGCUGAAACCCAAGAACCUGCCCAGAGGGAUGGACGCUGAGAAGGACGUUGAGGAGGAGACGGAGAGGCAGAAACCCAAGAACCUGCCCAGAGGGACGGAGGCUGAGAAGGAUGUUGAUGAGGAGGUUGCAGGAAAGAAGUGGGUGCUGAGGAGGUCAAAGGUCAAAAAACAACAACCGGAGGAGGUGAAGGAGGAGGUUGGAGGCAGCGGCAUCACAACUAUAAAUAAGAGGAAGAAGCGUCAGAAUUCGUGCGGGCAGUGUGUGGCGUGCCUCAGAGAGAACUGUGGGAAGUGUCCUUUCUGUCUGGAUAAGAAGGAGUUCGGGGGGGCGGAGCGGCGGAGGCAGCGCUGCAUCAACAGGAGGUGUCUGGUGAGUCUCCGCCCACAUCCACCUGACUCCGCCCACUGGUGA